AUGGGAAGCUUCAAUGCCAGUUUGGGCAAAGGCUUCAUUUUGGUGGGCUUCUCAGACUGGCCUCAAUUAGAACUCAUUCUUUUCAUCUACAUUUUGAUUUUUUACUCCUUAACUAUCUUUGGCAACACCACCAUCAUUGCUCUUUCCCAACUGGACCUCCGAUUGCACACACCUAUGUACUUUUUUCUCUCCCAUCUCUCCUUCUUGGACCUCUGCUAUACCACAAGCACUGUGCCCCAGCUCCUGAUCAAUAUUGAGGGACAUGACCACACUAUCACAUAUGGAAGGUGUGUGGCCCAGCUCUUCAGCGUCCUUGCCCUGGGCUCCACAGAGAGUAUGCUUCUAGUGGUCAUGGCCUUUGACCGCUAUGCUGCUGUGUGUCGCCCACUCCUCUACACAACUAUUAUGCACCCUCUUCUGUGCCAAGCAUUGGCUAUCUCAUCGUGGGUAGCAGGCCUCGUGAACUCCCUGAUCCAGACAGGUCUCAUGAUGGCUAUGCCUCUCUGUGGCCAUCGACUGAAUCAUUUCUUCUGUGAGAUGCCUGUGUUCCUCAAGUUGGCUUGCAAGGACACAGCUGGAACAGAGGCCAAGAUGUUUGUGGCCAGAGCCAUAAUCUUGGUUUUCCCUGCGACACUGAUUCUAGGAUCCUAUGCACACAUUGCCAGGGCUGUGUUGAAGGUCAAGUCAGUAUCUGGCCGCAGAAAAGCUUUUGGGACUUGUGGAUCACACCUCUUGGUGGUGUCUAUGUUUUAUGGCUCAACCAUCUACACAUACUUGCAACCAAAUGACAGUUAUUCUGAGAAUGAGGGGAAGUUUGUUGCCCUUUUUUAUACCAUAGUCACCCCCAUGCUCAACCCUCUGAUUUAUACCCUGAGAAACAAGGAUGUGAAGGGGGCUCUGUGGAAGGUACUAGGGAGAGGCACAGAAUCAAGGUAGUAAAAAACAACUUUUUUUUCCCUGUGAUAUCUCCAGAAUAAUUGACCCUAUUGGUCUCUAGAAAACAAUCCUUAUGGGCUUGUGGAGAAAAAAGUUUCACUGGAAAAGAGGGGGAGAGGAAAGAAGAUAACAUGGGGUAAAAAUGAUCAAAAUUCAGUAUAUACAUUUAUGAAGUUGUCAGAAAUACUAAAUACAUCCUCAGCAGGCACCCAGACUUGGUGCCUUCCUUGUGGGAAGUUGGAAGUGAGGAUCUCCUGUGGUGCUUUUUAGGUUACUCUCUAGUCAUUACUCAGCAAGGGGUGAGUGAUUGUAUCACAGCUUUCCAAAACAAAAAACAAAAACAUGAGGUCGAGAAGAGUACACUGUGAGAGAGGGGUUGAGAGUGAGAGAAUUAGCUCUGAAUGACUCUUUGCAAAGUCAGAUCCUAACAAGCUCUCCUAUAGUUGGCAGUAUGAUCCAAGGCAGAAGACAUGAGUUUACUGUUUUUUGUUUGUUUGUAUGUUUCUCACUUUUGGUGGUCCUGUCAAAUUCUUGCUGUAUCUGAGUCCAUUUCAAAGGUUUCUUACAGUGUUUACUAUUCUAUGGUACUUGGAGAAAAUAAUCAGAUCAUGAACAGCUGUUUUAUAGAGCAUGUGGCUUUCAGACGGGCUCAUUUACUCAAGAGGAGAAACCUCAAAACCUUUCUCUAGUGACACAUUUCCUUCGAUAAGGCCACACCUCCUAACUUCCCAAACAGUUCCAUCAACUGGAGACCAUAUAUUCAAACAUAUGAACCUGUGGAGGCUAUUCUCAUUCAAACCAACACAGCUUCCUACUGAUGGCCUUGGUAUUUGUGCUGAAAAGUCUAGGAUUUGGCUAUCAUACAUACUUAAGCUUACCCCUUGCUAGAGCUCUGAGUGGUCAAAGCAUCUACCUUACCUUAGUUUUGGUUUCUUUUUCUGUAAAAUAAGCACGAUAUCAAUCACUUUAUCAAUAAUUGAUUUGUAGUGUGU